GGUGUAAUUCUGAACAUAUCUUAUAUUGCCUAGUUAGUAAUGAUAGCCCUCUUGCCCAAAUAUUUUUUGAAAAUGUUCUGUCAUAUAAUGCUGAGAAGGCAAAGUGUGAAUGAAUAUAUAUGCAUGUCCAUAAGCAAGCCAAAUGUGUAAGGAUUUGAUUGUUUUUAGUUUCAGGAGUCAGGAGUGCAUGCCCACCUAAUUAGUGCUAAGCUGCACACCCCCUGUUCCCCAGCAAAGCAUUUAAAGGCUUUCUUUGCUACAUGUUCCUGUAAGCUACUGCUUUAUUUAAAUGGCAUCAAAGCAUAGAGAAGUCCAAAAUUCUGAUGAUGUAUUAUUUACCAAGCAAAUGAGAGAAGCCACAAGAGAAGUUCAUUCUUUGAGCGAUGCCCUUAUUAAUGCCAAACUGGGUAUUGCAAUGGGUAGCAAUGAUGUGUGGGCUGAAGGGCUGCUUGUGUUCUAUGAAGUCUUCAAACAGCUUGAAGAGACAAUGGACCAACACCCAGAGGUUGAACUCUCUCAGUUUGAUAUUGAUGGCAUCAGGAGGACACACCUUUUUGAAAAGGACCUGGAAUAUUACCUGGGCAAAGACUGGUCUAAGAACUACACCAUUCGUCCCAGUGUACAGGAGUACAAAGAUCACCUGAAGCACCUUAAAAGCACCGAGCCUGUUCUUCUGUUGGCCUAUGCCUACCACAUGUACAUGGGGCUGCUAUCCGGUGGGCAGAUACUCAGGAAGAAGCGAGCCCUCCUCUCCCGCCUCAAGUUCAACCCAAAAGCUUCUUAUGAGGGACUUGCUGUCACUGAAGUCACAUCUAUGCCAGUCUUCAAAAUGAAGAAACUCAUUGCUGAUAAAAUGAAUAACAUUGCUCUGGGUCUAGAUGAGGAAACUCGCGAAAAACUUGUAGCUGAAAGUAAAAGGGUGUUUGAGUUUAAUGAUAAAGUUGUACGUAGCAUCGAGGGCACAAGUAGCGUCGCUCUAUGGAAAAUAUUGAAGCUCUCUGGCUUUUCUAUUUUAAUUGGGAUUUCUGCAUACUUAAUAAAACGAAUCUGGCUUGGUGCCUUGAAAUAAUUUUAUUUCAUAAUGCAAAUAAAACAUUUUUACCAUUAGUAAUAGAUUAUUAGUGCUAAUUUAAUAAUUGGUAAUGUGAGGAGAAAAUUUUCAUUCCUUGCAUUGAGAAACAUUUCAUUCUUUUAACUUUGGUGAUAACGUUCUAAUUUGAAACUGCCGUUUGUCUAAAAAAUUACGGAAAAACUAUUAAGCCGGAGCGAAAAAAAUUGGGGAAUUGCUAUUUAACUUCAUGUUAAUAGGUAAUUAUUUAAAUAAAUUUGAUGUUAAGUUCACUCGUAGUGCGUCUCGAAAGAAAAAUUACUCUGCAACCGUCGUAUAGGAUUAGCGUCUUUCUAGAAAUUGUUCUUGUAUAAAUGUUAGAUAAUGAGAUAUAUUUUUUUUUGUUUUCCACACUGCCAUGUAUCGUCCAAAAACGAUUACGUGCUUGAUUGAUAGUUGAAACGCGAUUUCAGAACUAUUAGAAUAAAUUGAUGUAAAUAUUAUAUUAUUGGUUUGUUUUAUACGUCAUUUAAUGAAACUAGAACCUUUC